AUGGCAUCCAAAGAACUGAAAGUCUUCACGCGCGACGAGGUCGUAAAGCACAACAAAGAUGGUGAUCUCUGGAUCAUCAUCGACGCCAAAGUCUACGAUAUUUCGAGGUUCAAGAACCUUCAUCCUGGAGGUGCAUCGGUUCUACUCGACGAGGAGAUCGCUGGGCAGGAUGCAACUGAAGCUUUUUAUGGUCUCCAUCGGCACGAGGUCAUCGAGAAACCCCAGUUCGUUCGUCUCCAGAUAGGUACUAUCCAAGGGGAGAAGAGUGUCAUCCACGGCCGUAUCCUGGGAGAACUCAGCAAGGUUCCCUAUGCUGAACCUGGCUGGCUGUCAGAAGGGUACCACAGCCCAUACUACACCGAGAAUCAUCGAAAGUUCCAGAGGGCGGUGCGGAAAUUCAUGGAUGAGGUCAUUACACCCGACGCAAUUGCCCGCGAAGAAGACGGCAAACCUCCCAGCAAGAGUGUUCUCGAGGCCAUGGCCAAGCUGAACAUCCACGCCAUGCGUAUGGGUCCUGGAAAGCAUCUCAAGGGGAGAGAAUUGAUGGGUGGGCUUGUAAAGCCGGAAGAGUUUGAUUACUUCCAUGAGCUCAUUAUCAACCAAGAAUUUACGCGUCCUGGCAAGAGAGGAUACGGCGAUGGUCUCAUGUCCGGGUCGGUCAUCGGGCUUCCUCCCAUUCUGAACUUCGGAAGCCAGGCCAUCAAAGAGAAAGUCGUUGCAGAUGUUCUCUCUGGCCAAAGGCUGAUCUGCUUGGCCAUCUCGGAAGCCUUUGCUGGUAGUGACGUCGCGGGAUUGAGGACGACUGCAACCAAGACGGAAGACGGGAAGCACUGGAUUAUUAAUGGAACUAAGAAAUGGAUCACUAAUGGGACUUUUGCUCACUACUUCACCGUCGGAUGCAAGACAGAAGACGGUUUCACCGUCAUCCUUGUCGAGCGUGGAGAAGGGGUUGAAACCAAGCCAAUUAAGACCAGCUAUUCGCCUACUGCUGGAACAGCCUUUGUUACCUUCGACAAUGUCAAAGUUCCUGUCGAGAACACUCUGGGUCCUGAGGGUGGAGGAAUCUUCGUGAUGCUCAGCAACUUCAACCACGAGCGUUGGGUCAUGAUCUGCUCCUCUGCACGAUCUCAGAGGCUGAUCCUCGAAGAAUGCCUCAAGUGGGUCUCACAAAGAAAGGCCUUCGGCAAGCCCCUCCAUUCACUGGCUGUUAUCCGAAGCAAGCUGGCAGCUAUGAUUUCGCGGGUAGAGAGCACCCAGAACUGGCUGGAGAACCUCACCUACCAAAUGAACAAUAUGUCCUACAAGGAACAGGCGGCCAAGCUGGCUGGUCCUAUUGGCCUUCUCAAAAUGCACGCCACUCGCACCGCACAGCAGACGGCGACUGAUGCUGUUCAGCUCUUCGGCGGUCGUGGCAUCACGCGAACAGGAAUGGGAGAACAUAUCGAACAUUACCACCGUACAGUGCCGUUCGAUUCUAUUCUCGGUGGAGCGGAGGAUGUCCUCGGAGAUCUUGGUGUGCGGCAGGCAAUAAGGGGUAUUCCCAAAGAUGCAAGGCUGUAG